AUGUCACGAAAAACCGUUCUUGUUGGCUUGGCCGUACUGGCAGCUGCCGCUACAGUCCAUGCGACGACGUAUAUGGACGCUCUGGAGGACCCUGUCGCACACAAACUACGUGAUUUCGAAGAUCCGAGAGCACCACGUCCUCAAUCUGAAAUUCCCUAUGUUGCCGACGUCGACGCCGGUUUAAGCGACCCAACACGCUCUUUCGCAUUCUCUCUGUUCAUGAUUAUCGCGUCAGAGAUUGGUGAUAAGACUUUCCUUAUCGCUGCCCUCCUCGCAAUGAAACACCCCCGAAUGACCGUCUUCGCUGGUGCUUUCGCAUCUUUGUUGGUUAUGUCCGUUCUCAGCGCUGUACUCGGGCACGCCGUCCCGACGCUCAUCCCGAAAAAGUACACCGCCAUCCUCGCCGCUGGCUUAUUCCUCGUCUUCGGUGUCAAGAUGCUUUUCGAAGGUCUCGCGAUGGAGAAGGGAAACGCGGGCGUUAUGGAAGAGAUGAAGGAAGUCGAGGAAGAGCUCGAGGCGAGUGAGGCGGGACAUGAGAUGGAGAUGCUUGAGGAGGGUAGGGCGGCUGGGAAUGGACAGGGGAAGUUUGCGAGGACUACGCGUUCACCUACUGAGAGUGAGGAUGAGGAGUCCGGGCCUUCGCGUCGGUCGGCGAAGAGUGGUGUUUCGGUGCAGGGUGCCAUUGAUGGUGUUCAGAACCUUGCUGGUCUCGUAUUCUCGCCAAUCUUCGUUCAGGCUUUCAUCAUGACUUUCCUUGGUGAGUGGGGUGACAGGUCGCAGAUUGCCACGAUCGCCAUGGCUGCCGGUCAAGACUACUGGUGGGUCAUCCUCGGUACCAUUACCGGUCACGGUAUGUGUACCACCGUCGCCGUCAUCGGUGGCAGAAUGUUGGCGAGCAAGAUCAGUGUGAGGAACGUUACGUUGGGUGGAGCAAUUUUGUUCAUCCUGUUUGGGUUCAUUUACCUUUACGAAGCAUUGGCGCAGUGA